AUGGGUCAUCAGCAGCUUUACUGGAGCCACCUGCGAAAAUUCAACCAGGGCUCUCGCUCUUGCCGCGUGUGCUCCAGCCAGCACGGUCUGAUCCGGAAAUACGGCCUCAACAUGUGCCGUCAGUAUGCAAAGGACAUAGCCUUCACCAAGUUAGACUAA